AUGGGUCCUGAAGUCCCCGUGCACAUACUCGCUACAAAGCAAAACCUCUUGUUCCACCCUCAGGAUGCAGACCGAUUACGACUCCUAGCCCCUCAAUGGCACAAGCCAGCCACAUGUGGUCUGCCGAUCAGCCAAGCUUCUACAUCUCCCGAUCUUGACCCUGGACUCAAGGGUUAUGUGGUUUGUGCUGAGAAAAGCAAAAGAGGGGGAGAGGUCACAGACCCGAUAUGA